CGAGAGCGCGGGAGGGCCGUGGUGGCGGGCGGCCGCGCCCCGCACCGCCGCCGGCAUGACGGGCCGCGUGUGCCGCAACUGCGGCGGCACCGACAUCGAGUUGGACUCCGCGCGCGGCGACGCCGUGUGCACCGGCUGCGGCUCGGUGCUCGAGGACAACAUCAUCGUGUCCGAGGUGCAGUUCGUGGAGAACAGCGGCGGCGGCUCCUCGGCCGUGGGCCAGUUCGUGUCCCUCGACGGUGCCGGCAAGACCCCGACCUUGGGCGGUGGUUUCCAUGUGAACCUGGGGAAGGAGUCGAGAGCACAGACGCUGCAGAACGGGAGGCGGCAGAUUCAUCACCUGGGGAACCAGCUACAGCUGAACCAGCACUGCCUGGACACCGCCUUCAACUUCUUUAAGAUGGCUGUGAGCAAGCACCUGACCCGUGGGCGCAAGCUGGCCCACGUCAUCGCCGCCUGCCUCUACCUGGUGUGCCGUACUGAAGGCACCCCCCACAUGCUCCUGGACCUCAGCGACCUGCUCCAGGUGAACGUGUAUGUGCUGGGGAAGACCUUCCUGCUGCUAGCCAGAGAGCUUUGCAUCAAUGCACCAGCCAUCGAUCCCUGUCUGUACAUCCCGCGCUUUGCUCACCUGCUGGAGUUUGGCGACAAGAACCACGAGGUGUCCAUGACGGCACUAAGGCUCCUGCAACGGAUGAAGCGGGACUGGAUGCACACGGGCCGGCGCCCCUCAGGCCUCUGUGGGGCAGCGCUACUGGUGGCCGCCAGGAUGCACGACUUCCGGAGAACGGUGAAGGAGGUGAUCAGUGUGGUCAAGGUGUGCGAGUCAACACUGCGAAAGAGGCUCACAGAGUUUGAGGAUACCCCCACCAGCCAGCUGACUGUGGAUGAGUUCAUGAAGGUGGACCUGGAGGAGGAGUGCGAUCCCCCCUCGUACACGGCAGGCCAGCGCCGGCUGCGUGUGAAGCAGUUGGAGCAGGUCCUGUCCAAGAGGCUAGAGGAGGUAGAAGGUGAGAUCUCCAGCUACCAGGACGCCAUCGAGCUCGAGCUAGAGAGCAGCCGGCCCAAGGCCAAAGGGCCCCACCCCGGUUUCCAUGGUGAUGGUUGUCUCGACGACCCUAUGUGCAGCCUGUUCAGUGAGGAGGACGCCGAGGACGAGGAAUUGGAGGUGGCCGCCAGCCACCUGAACCAGGACUUCUGUCGUGAGCUCUGUGGGCUGCCCAGCAAUUCUGAGGCACCUGGAAGCCCCGCUCUAGAGUCCCUGCUGGGGCCUCUGCCCACAGCAGCCAGCCUGGGCAUCUCUGACUCCAUCCGAGAGUGCAUCUCCUCCCAGAACCGCACCCCCAAGGAUAUGUCCGGAGAUGGCGAGCUGGACCUCAGCGGCAUUGAUGACCUGGAGAUCGACAGGUACAUCCUCAACGAGGCCGAGGCCCGCGUGAAGGCUGAGCUGUGGAUGCGCGAGAAUGCAGAGUACCUGCGCGAGCAGAGGGAGAAGGAGGCCAGGAUCGCCAAGGAGAAGGAACUGGGCAUCUACAAGGAGCACAAGCCUAAGAAGUCGUGCAAGCGUCGGGAGCCCAUCCAGGCCAGCUCAGCUGGGGAGGCCAUCGAGAAGAUGCUGGAGCAGAAGAGGAUCUCCAGCAAGAUUAACUACAGUGUGCUGCGCGGCCUGGAUGGCAAGGGGUCCCCAGUGGCGGGGGGCACAUCCACUGAGAAGCCGUCCGGGCCCAGGAGGCCACCCCGCAAACUGCCAGCCAACAGGAACAGGAGCCGGCCAGAGCCUGCAGCUUCUGGCGUGGGAAAGAGGCUGAGACCCCUGGUGUCUGCGCAGCCAGCAAAGAAGGCGCUGGGUGAGCAGGUCCUGCGUCCCCCAAACUCCCCCACCCUCGGAGCUGAGCUGUCCCAGACCACAGCAGCUGUGGUGGUGGAGAGUGGGCCCGUGUCCUACCACCCUGCUGAGGAUGCAGAGGAGGAGGAGCCAGAGGAGGAGGACGGGGAACACUGUGUGAGCGCCCUGCAGAUGCUUGGGGGCAACGAUUAUGGCUGUGACGGUGAUGAGGACGAUGGCUACUGAACUCAUCAAGUGUGGCCUGGCCUGGUAAUGCCUCACAGAGACUCUGGGAGAUAAGGGGGUGCUCCCUUGUACCCUGAUUCUCCUCUGCCCAUGUGGCUGUGUCCUGGAGACUCGUCUGAACAGUGACAGGGGUGAUGCUGUCCAGCAGAGGGCACUGGACUUGGCACUAGCUCGUCCAGCCCAAGGCACAAUAGGCUGCAGAUGGGCAUGUCUGAGUUGGGACCAGCUGGGAUUGCCUAGCUCUGGAGCUGGUGAAGGAGCACUUGACUGCAGCCUUCUGG